GGCCCGGCGCAGGAUCCCCGGUGGGCGGGCGCGCUUACCAGGAGCGCUGCGCAGCGCGCGGACCAAAGUUGGGCGAGUGCGCAGAGCGGCGGCGGGCAGGGGGCGGCAGCCAAUUAGACGGCCCCCUCGGGCGGGAGGCGUGGGGCCUCCAUAAAGCGGCGCGGAGCUGUCACCCCGAGAGCAGGCUGCGCACCGCCCAGGCCUGAACCGGCGCGGAAGACACGGGCACUUCGGGCCGGGGAGUGCAGAGAAGCCAUGGCCACCACCAACGGGGCCGUGGAGAACGGGCAGCCGGACAGGAAGUCACCCGCCCUGCCGCGCCCGAUCCGCAACCUGGAGGUCAAGUUCACCAAGAUAUUCAUCAACAAUGAAUGGAACGAAUCCAAGAGUGGAAAAAAGUUUGCCACAUACAACCCUUCAACUCUGGAGAAAAUCUGUGAAGUAGAAGAAGGAGAUAAGCCCGACGUGGACAAGGCCGUGGAGGCCGCACAAGCCGCCUUCCAGCGGGGCUCGCCGUGGCGCCGGCUGGAUGCCCUGAGCCGUGGCCGGCUGCUGCACCAGCUGGCAGACCUGGUGGAGCGGGACCGCACCAUCCUGGCCACCCUGGAAACGAUGGACACAGGGAAGCCUUUCCUUCAUGCCUUUUUCAUUGACCUGGAGGGCUGUAUCAAAACCCUCCGGUACUUUGCAGGGUGGGCAGACAAAAUUCAGGGCAAGACCAUCCCCACAGAUGACAAUGUGGUGUGUUUCACCAGGCACGAACCCAUAGGUGUGUGUGGGGCCAUCACUCCUUGGAACUUCCCUCUGCUUAUGCUGGUGUGGAAGCUGGCACCCGCUCUCUGCUGUGGGAACACAGUGGUCGUGAAGCCAGCAGAGCAGACACCCCUCACCGCCCUCCAUCUGGGCUCUCUGAUCAGGGAGGUGGGAUUCCCUCCAGGCGUGGUGAACAUUGUGCCGGGAUUCGGGCCCACGGUGGGAGCUGCAAUUUCUUCUCACCCUCAGAUCAACAAGAUAGCCUUCACGGGGUCCACAGAGGUUGGAAAGCUAGUUAAAGAAGCUGCCUCCCGAAGCAACCUGAAGAGGGUGACACUGGAGCUUGGCGGGAAAAACCCUUGUAUUGUGUGUGCGGAUGCGGACCUGGACUUGGCAGUGGAGUGCGCCCACCAGGGAGUGUUCUUCAACCAAGGCCAGUGUUGCACAGCCGCCUCCAGGGUGUUCGUGGAGGAGCAGGUUUACAGUGAGUUUGUCAAGCGGAGUGUGGAGUACGCCAAGAAACGGCCCGUCGGAGACCCCUUUGAUGUUAGGACGGAACAGGGGCCCCAGAUUGACCAAAAGCAGUUCAACAAAAUUCUGGAUCUGAUUGAGAGCGGAAAGAAGGAAGGAGCCAAGCUGGAAUGUGGGGGCUCAGCCAUGGAAGACAGGGGGCUCUUCAUCAAACCCACUGUCUUCUCAGAAGUUACUGACACCAUGCGGAUCGCCAAAGAGGAGAUUUUUGGACCAGUGCAGCCAAUUCUGAAGUUUAAAAACAUUGAAGAAGUGAUAAAACGAGCAAAUAGCCUCGAAUAUGGACUCACAGCAGCUGUGUUCACAAAAAACCUUGACAAAGCCCUGAAGCUGGCCUCCGCAUUAGAGUCUGGAACCGUCUGGAUCAACUGCUACAAUGCCAUCUAUGCACAGGCCCCAUUUGGUGGCUUCAAAAUGUCGGGGAACGGCAGAGAACUAGGCGAAUAUGCGCUAGCCGAAUACACAGAAGUGAAAACUGUCACCAUCAAACUUGACGACAAGAACCCUUGAAGGAAAGGCAGGCUCCUUCCUCAGACUUCUGACAGCUGAAUGUGGCAGAUCAAACUUGCCGAAGAAAAUCCUGCAUUUCUGACCUUCCUGGGAUGCUUUCUUCUGGAGACUUUACAUCUGCUGGAUUUGAACAAUUUAUUUUCCUCUCACACUCCUGUUUUGUCGACUGAUAUGUUGUGUGUCAAAUUGCAGUCCUGCCCGGGGGAUGGGCCGAGUGGCCAUUUCUGUUUUCCCCUUUCCACCAGAUCCCAGGGGACAGUGAGGAGGCUCAGGGCGUAGCCAACAGGAAAUGGCAUUUGAAGUAUCCAGCAGUCACUCAAAAAUGCUUUGCUGACUCUGACUCCAGUAAGAAUUUGGAAAAUAAAAAUUUCCCUUCAUGUUCUGCAAACAGGCCCUGUAACCUCAGGGUUACCUGCCUGCAGGACAAGCCCCUCCUGCUAUUCAGUGGGAAAGAUCAGCAUUAAGUUUAAAAAAAAAAAAAAAUCUAAAAACAAGGUUAGGAGAAUCCGAUGUAGGGAGUUUUGGGGAAACAAGUACCAUGGAAGGCUCCUGAAGGCCUUGGGUGUGAACAGUCUUCAGGACUUGACAUUGACUAUGGGAUCAGCUUAAAACCAGUACUGCCUUUGGAAUAUGACCACAUUAGCCAUCCAAAGAGCUUAUCUCACACUAUGUGGCGGGUCUACCUUAACUAAGGCAUUUCUUAGGCAGGAAGUGUCACUUAGUGGCAGCAUCGCUGCAGAAGACCCAGUGCUCUGACACCACAACAGCAUACAUAGCAAACCCUCGGGUUGUUAAGUCCCAUGUUUUACGAGUCAGAGCCAUAAGCUGCUUUUCCCAGUUAUGCAUUUCUAUCACUUGCCUCAAUGGUUUAUGAUAAGCCGGUGUUAGUUCUCCUUUGCUCCAGUUUGGUUAUCCACAUUUUAGAUGAGUGAAACAGACACAGCUGGAAAGACUGCUGUUAUAGUACAGCUUUGGUUUUUCAAACUCCUAUUUCGAUAUCAAUUAGUGAUUCAAUAACAAAUAAUGUCUGGUCUACCACAGCAGCCCGAGCACUUCACUAACAGGUUGUGGAUUUUUUUCUUCCUCUUUGUGUAUCCAAAGGAUGUGCCACUCCAGGUUUAACUUGGAAAACUGAAAGUGUUCCCACAGAGCUUUAAAAAAACCCAAACCAAACCAAACCAAACUGAAAUUGUGUUAUUUGGACACUUUUACUAUUAUUGACUAGUACUUUUCUAAUGGUGCUUCUGUUUGAGAAUUAAAUUAUGUCUGAGAAUUAAAUUGGGGGGCAGUAACCCAGUAGAGGUCUAUGUCAAAACAAGUAUAUAUAUAAAGUCAUCUGUGAAAUGAAGUUAUUGUUCUUGUUGGAAAGAGACAAAAUGCAGUUCACUUGCUUCUCCAGAUCAGUUAACACUUAUCACUUAAAUGAUCAGCAGCUUGUUAAAUCAGGAUUUGACUUCAUACACUGAAUUUUCAGGAUUUUAUCUCAAGUAACUCUAGACACUAACCUUGAUAGUAAUACAGUAGAGCGUUCUUAUUCCUUCAUUGUAUAAUAAUGCCUUUAAUAUGAAAUGCUACAUUAUUUAUAAUUGAUAUAGUUAAUGUAUCUUUUUAUAGUUGUAAGUAAACAGAGGUGGUGUAUUUAACCUUCUGUAAUAUACUGUAUUUAGAAAUGGAAGUCUAUAUAGUAGUAGAUUUUACUUCUUUUAAGGUUUACUCCUGUGGUACGGUUUUAAAAGAUCUAUUGGCCUGGAAAUUCUGACCCUAACUGCAGAUUGUGUUCAACAAUGCAACAACCAUAAAAUAAAGUUGGAUAUUUGAGAAA